AAGUCGAAUAACAAUGUCGUUUUCCACUAUAAAUAUCCCUCCCACCUAAUCCCAUCAUCUCCCUCAUCUUUAUCAUUUCGCCCUUUCCAGAAAAAUUCGAUUCAAAGAAAAAAAAUGGAGUUCACGGCAGAGCAGCUCAGCCAGUACAACGGGACCGACUCGACGAAGCCGAUCUACGUGGCGAUCAAGGGCCGAGUGUUCGACGUCACCACCGGCAAAUCCUUCUACGGUCCCGGAGGCGAUUACGCGAUGUUCGCGGGAAAAGACGCGAGCAGAGCCCUGGGGAAGAUGAGCAAGAACGAAGAAGACGUAUCUCCUUCUCUCGAAGGUCUCACCGAGAAGGAGAUGAGCACUCUUAAUGAUUGGGAGACGAAGUUUGAAGCCAAGUAUCCCGUCGUUGGCCGCGUUGUCUCCUAAGGUCUAUCCAGUCCUUCCGAUCUCUCUGGUUUGUAACUAUGGUAGUAUGGUGUGAGGAUCUGUGUGUUUGUGUUUUCGUGUUUGAUCUGAUCGUUUGAGGACGAUUCGGAAUAUAAUAAUGUAAUAAAUUGGUGUUUCUUACUCUCUAACCUAAUGUAAUAAAUGAAAUCA